GUGUUUUGUUGUUUUUUUUCAAUUGUUGAAAGGAAGGGGCAUUAUGGUAAAGGUGGGGGGAAGGGCAGUAAGGUAAAAGUGUAUAUGUUGUAUAAAAUCAACAACUAUUAACAGAAAUUUCAGGAUUAAACAGGAAAAAGAAUAAAAAUGGUUGCAGCUAGUAACUGCAUUUCCCUCUCUUCGGUUUUCACAUACCCACAUGAAAAUGAAGUGUUGUUGGCAAAAAGGAAAUCCACAUGCAAAUUUAUGGUUUCCAAGAAUUGCUUCAAAAUGUGUAGGAUCAAUUGUAAGCUACCAGAUAGCGGAAUAGAAGAAAAUCCCACAAGAAAAGAUGCCUCAUUGAGCUCAAAAAACAGAAUGGAAGAGUACAAUAUAGCAAUGAAAAGGAUGAUGAGGAACCCUUAUGAGUAUCACCAUGAUCUUGGUAUGAACUAUACACUUAUAACCAAUAAUUUGAUUGUGGGCUCUCAGCCUCAGAAACCCGAAGACAUAGAUCAUCUGAAACAUGAAGAGAAGGUGGCUUACAUUCUAAAUUUGCAGCAGGACAAGGACAUUGACUUUUGGGGUAUUGACUUGCAAUCUAUAAUAAAAAGAUGCAAAGAACUUGGAAUCCGUCAUAUGAGAAGGCCUGCAGAAGAUUUUGAUCCAGAUUCCUUGAGAAGUAUAUUACCUAAGGCUGUUUCAUCAUUAGAGUGGGCCAUUUCUGAAGGGAAAGGAAAAGUGUAUGUGCAUUGCACGGCCGGACUGGGAAGGGCUCCUGCUGUUGCAAUUGCUUACAUGUUCUGGUUUCAGGGAAUGAAGCUAAACACAGCAUACGAUAAACUUACUUUAAAGCGACCUUGUGGACCCAAUAAACGGUCGAUACAAGGAGCUACUUAUGAUCUUGCCAAGAAUGAUCCAUGGAAAGAGCCAUUUGAGAGCCUUCCAGAAUAUGCUUUUGAAGACAUAGCAAAUUGGGAGAGGAAAUUGAUUCAAGACCGCAUUCAUUCCCUCCGUGGAACUUGAACAUUUAGGAGAAUAUCAGCUACAGGGAGCUGGAGCCGUAUUCUGAGUCUGAGGAUUGUACAAUUUGGCUCAAAGAUAGAAAGGCCUUCAAGGAGUCUAUUUAGAUAAUCAUAGAGUUCAUUAUUUAUUUUUUAUUUGAUAAAGUUUGUAUCCUUGGAGUUUACACCAUAGAAACACCAUAAAUAAAUGUGGCACCAACCAAGAUAGACCACAACCAGUGCAAUUGAAGCCAUAGAAGCUCUUCUAAUAUACAUGCAAAUGCUAGCUUAGAUGCAA